AUAACAAAUGACAGAAAGAUAACAUUCCACAAUUUCAGCUAAAUAACACAAAAACCAAACUUUCCAUUUAUAUCCAAAUGCUACAAAAAUAUGAUCAAAACACUCGCCGGGUUCUUAAAUUUCCGGCAGUCCUUCCUUGUCAAGAUGUCAAUCCUAAAACAUUGGUCUCUUCAUUAACCUCUCUUUCACAAUCUAUUACAAAUUACCAACUAAAUGUUUUUGUCACACAAAGAAAAAACAUUCGUGAAACAAUCCGACAAGUAUCAAUCUUAAACAUGUUUUUCGUCGAGAUCAUGGACCGUUGUAGUUUCGACAGAUUAACAGAUUCAGCUGUUUUGUGUUUGUCGGAGCUUCAUCAUUCUUUACAAAAGAUGAAUUUUCUACUACAAGAUUGUUCACGACCCGGUUCGAAAAUAUGGAUUUUAAUGAAAUCUCACUUUGUUGCUACACAGUUUAUGAGUUUGAUACGUGGAAUUGCGACAGCCCUCGAUAUUCUUCCGAUUUAUUGUUUUAAUGUUUCACAUGAAAUGAAAGAAUUGUUGGAUAUGGUUGUGAAACAAGCCCGAAAAGCCAAAAUGGAAGUUGAUCCGGAUGAUGAUUACGCCAUGAAACGGGUUAUGUUGAUAUUGAAUCAAUUCGAAAACAGGUUCGAGCCUGACUCGAUUAUGAUAAAUCGAGUUCUAUAUUAUUUGAAAAUCAAUACUUGGGGUGAGUGUCAUAAAGAGAUUAGUUUUUUAGAUGAUGAAUAUUGUUUAGAAUUGUUAGAUAAUAGUGAAAGGGAUUUGAACAUGUUGUCAACUUUAUGUAGUUUCAUGAGAUAUUGUAGGGGUGUUCUGUUUGAACACUCUGUAGUUGAGAAUCAAGAUGAUGGUAUUUUUCGUGGAAAUAAUUUGGAAAUCCUCAGCUGUUUAAACCCUGAGGAUUUCCGUUGCCCGAUUUCUUUAGAACUUAUGACUGACCCGGUGAUUGUGUCCACGGGUCAGACAUAUGAUAGGGUUUCUAUAGAAAAAUGGUUGAAAUCGGGCAAUUUAAUUUGUCCAAAAACAGGAGAAAAGCUCGCUACUACAGAGCUUGUCCCCAAUUUAAACCUUAGGAAAGUUAUUCAUCAAUAUUGUAUAGAUCAUGGAGUUUCGAUAUCGAAAUUCCAAAAACAAAGUAGGGAUAUUUCGUCCACGGUUCUUCCGGGUAGCCCGGCUUCUGCUGAAGCAAUUAAGUUUCUUAGUGAGUAUCUAGUGAGAAGAUUAAGAAACGGGUCAGAAAAACAGAAGAGUAGAGCUGUUUAUGAGAUCAGGUUACUUGCGAAAUCGAAUAUCUAUAAUCGUCUUUGUUUAAUUGGGGCUGGAGCUAUUCCUCAUAUGUUGGGUCUACUUUCGUCGUCUGAUCCCACGAUGCAGGAGAACGCAAUUGCGGGUUUGCUCAAACUUUCAAAGCAUACAAACGGGAAGAAAGUGAUCAUCAAUUACGGAGGGCUAAAUUCGAUCGUAGAGGUUUUGAAAAACGGGUUGAAACAAGAAGCUAAACAAAUAGCAGCCGGGACUAUUUUUUACUUGUCAUCGGUUCAAACAAAUCAGAAACUUAUUGGUGAAAUCCCGGAUGCGAUUCCUACUUUAGUUGAACAAAUAGAAACAGGGACUUCUUGCGGUAAAAAGAACGCGUUAGCAGCCUUAUUCGGGAUACUACUUUACCCAAGAAACCACCAAAUCGCGCUUUCAACUGGGAUUGUUCCAUUGUUGUCAAACCUCAUUUCAACUUCAGAGAAACCUGAAAUUGUUACAGAUUCAUUAGCAGUGUUGGCUACAUUAGCCGAAAGCUUUGAUGGGUCAGAAACUAUCUUGAAAGCUUCAUCAUUGCAACUACUCAUCAAGACGCUACAAACCUCGCCUUCACGAGCCUCAAAAGAGUAUUGUGUAUCGAUCUUGUUGGCAUUGUGCAACAACAUAGGGAAUGAAGUGGUUGCUGUUUUGGCAAAUAACCCGAAUUUUAUUGGGUUUUUGUACUCAUUAUCGACGAAUGGGGGUUCGCAGGCAGGCAAGAAAGCGCGAACAUUGAUCCGAAUCAUGCAUAGGUUCCAUGAGACGAGCAGUUCAAGUAUGAUUGCUAAUUGGGAUACAUCAAGACCUGCAACGAUUCAUUCAUGUUAGUCUAAUUCAUAUAUAGUUCUUAUUUAUUUUUUACAUAGAAGCUCGGAAUUUUUUUGAAAGAGCUAGCUAAGAAUUAUAUGAUACACUUGUAAAAUAUACCUAUAGACGACAUUAUUGUAGCCAAAAUUAUACACUUCUUUUUGUACAUAUACAUAUACACAUGUAAUAUAAGCUGUUGAAUUUGAGGAUAUGAAAUACCACAUUUGGUACGUUUGUAAUAAA